GAAAUUGACCCGUUAAGACAUGCGAAUGAGACAAGAAAGAUGUCUACUCGUCUAGCGAUGGCUGUUAAAAUUCUUCUACUAUUGGCUGCCAUACUCUUCACUUGGACACAAGGAGCCGGUUAGUCGAUUGUGUUUUGAUUGUACUCUCGUUGUUUCAAAGUAAAAAUGAGGCCGGUGUAACGGUGUUUUCUCGCUGAUCCACGCCCAGACCGGCCUACAUAAGAUAAACCAAGUUCAGCGUGUAUAGAAACUCACAGUUUGCAUUUUUCUCUGAAAUGAGUAAAUACGUAUACAUGUUAGUUACAGGUUGCUGGUUGUUACAUAUGCUGCACUCUCUCGCUAUUUUCAAGCUGUUUUCAACGCGCUUCCGGGACAGACGUGGAACCUCUGUCUGUUUCAUGAAUCACCAUUGAAAAAUGAUCUGACCUGGUUUCAAGAAAGAGAGCCCAAAAAACGAAUUGAAUAAAUAUAUAUGUUUAGUACAUCAUCCGCAAAUUCUUCCAAUGGACGUUCAUGAAACGUUACUUAAGCUUAUUGUAGCUGUUACUGAUCACCAUUACCACAUCAUUCACGCACAAGAGAGUAUUUAUUUAAUUGAGUGUGCUUCAAUAACCUCAGUGUCGCUAAUUAUGCAUUAUUUUCACUGCCUUGGUAAUGACGUUUUCGUGUCUCAAGCACCAUACCCUGUCUGCACGCAUAGGGGAACUUGGUUUCAUCGGAAUUUGUAAAAGAUCAGCUAUUCCAUUUAUGUGAUUGAACGUAGAUUUGUUUUACCAGCAGCCUCAUUGUCACAAUUUGCAUGGUCUUCCAUGACUUCCAUCAGACUUCCUGGUGAGCAAGAGAGGGUAAAGGGACUAAUUAUUCUGCAUUUUGCUUUCCUUUAAUUUUGCGAUAUGAUUUAGUAAACCUUUACCCUCGAACGGAUCCUCUCAUUUGACUGCUCCGUAUAUGUGAGAACCAGUGGUCUCGACUUAAGACUGAAAAUAAGUUAGAAUCUGGACAACCCGUUCAGGUUGCUUCCAGUAUAGUAUUGAGUACAGGAUUCUCGCCACUUCCCAGCGAUGGCAGAUUUAGGGUGGAAUCAUUUGAAGCAUAUAGCGCAACGACUAUACGCGUAUGCUGCAAAAAUCCACUCUUAAAUUACAUUAGCUUACAUUUAUCGCAUGCUAUCGUCAAAAUUCUGUUAAGCCUACAUUGAGUUCAAGCUUCAGCAAUGAGACUAGCCUGUUCCAGGCGUUCAGAUAGUGGGGAGCGAGGCGAAGUAAAAAGGAGCGCGAAAAAAUAAAAGCGAGGGAGCAGAGGUGAGAGAGGGAACCUCCAGUCUCCCUCUACUUUUCAUCGCUUUCUUUACUUCGCACCGCUCUCCACACUCUGAACGCUUGGAAAAGGCUACGAUGAAACGUGUAAACUUAUCAAAAUAUUUAAAAGUUGGCAAACACAUUAAUAGUCUUUAGCUGACAACGGUGAUGUCAUGACACGUCAUUCAUUGUUAUGAAUGGUCUGGAACCAUCCGCCAUUUUGAAUGAAUGAAAUGUAGUUCCAUUUUAGUUAAAUUGAUCUGUGUAUGAAAGGAUUGCUUAAAAGGCCAAAAGAAUCCUCCAGUUAUGAAAUUUCCUAGAGAAAUUAUCACUGUUGAAAACUGAACCCAGCAUCUGCCAUUUGGUCAUUCUUAAUUCAGGCUUUUUUUUGUCUCACUGAUCAGAUCAAAAAGUCUGGAUUACAUCGACAGUUGUACUAAAGUUAAUGGAAUAUUGCUAAAUUAAAUGUUAUACUAAAAUUCAAUUUUUAGCGAGGUGGGACUCUCAAGGUCUUAGUAGGUUCAAGCUGAGCACCAAGGGUAAGAAAAAAUGGUAAACUAUAGAUUCAAGAAAUUUUGGUAAACACGUGACCGUCUGUACAUCCGUCCACCGAAUACAUGCACAUGAAAGCCAAUGUCAUUGUCAAUGUCAAUUUACUCCCAGCGGUAUACUAAGACACGGAAAAUGACAAUAGCCUGUCAGUUACAUUGGCCAUCCAUAUGACAAAAUCAAUUGCCAGUUGCGGAAGACGAGUCUUUUUUUCGACUGAAUUUCAAUAUAUACUCUUACGUGGAUAACAGACAAAGAGCUAGACCGAAAAAGAUUACGAAUUUCUUUUUAAGAGAAACGUGAACAUAUUAUAGCGGCGGUGGGAAAAUGUGAAAUGCUAGUGGCCAGCAAGGUGAAAAUGAGGGGAACUGAAAGAAUGUUAACUGAGUAACAGAUUCAGCACUUUCUCCAUAAAACGUGUAACUAGGACGUUUCACGUUGUAGUCGUAUAAAACAAAGUCAAUUACAUGUGCCAAGUGCACAUGCAAAGUUGAUUUUUUUGCUAAUUACCAUUUAAUGUAAUUCUUACGACUGGACCCCUAACUUCCACUGUAAAACUAGACUUCAUCAGUUUGAAUAGGCCAUCUUCUAGUUACAAAAAUCCCACUUUCAAAACGAGGCUAAGUGCAAAACCCUCGUUGUGAAAAUGAGUUUUAUGUGCACGAGAAUAAAAAAUUCAUUUCCAUGUCAAUAGCUUCGCACCUAGCCUCGCUUUGAGACAAAAGGACAAUUCGGAAAUAGCCUUGGCUAUUUUUUGUCUUUGAAGUCUUUGCUGAAAGUUGACUGAUUCUUUUUUUCUCGGAGAGAUCUCGUAUUUCGUGCGUCAUAGUUGAAAUUUAGAGGGAAACAUGAAUUUAUAUAAUUAUUGUGAACUUUGCAUUUUGCUUAAGAACUAAAUUUUUAUAAAGCUUAGUUUCUCUUUUAAGGGCUUUGGAAGUAUUUUGAAGAAUGAAACAAUUAUAAUAGAAUUCGGCUUUUGUACAAUAUAACUCACAAUUUUGCAAACAGCGUGUAACACCAUCCACGCCCUGAAUAAUUUUUUUAUAUCCUAUUCAGUCUCAUUCAAUAAUCUUAAAAUACCAUGUAUUUCAUACGUCAGACACUUUUAAGCGAAUAGAAUCAAAGAUCCACUUUUGUUCUAAUUUCACUUCCAGAAGAUUUUCCACUUCUUCAUAUUAUCCGCAUUAAUUAAAAGUCUUACUAUUGCUUACAGUCUACAUGAUAUGUAUGAGCUACGCAUAUGUGAACGGAUCGAUUAAUUAGUUGAGACUAACAUUACAAGGCGUAAAACAAGACCUGUAUCAGAAGUAUUAAUAACAAGCGAAUAUUCAGUUUUUAAUCUUAAUAUAUAGUCUUUGUUAUUUCAAAUCAGGUGCACAGAGGACUACUUGGUAUAAGCCUCCUCCAGUUGAGACGGUUACAGAUCCCUAUAUGGUUCACACAAGCUACAUACAGCUUUAUGAAGGGUCCACUAAUCAACCAUUGAACUGGAGUUUUAGUCUCGAACUGGACAUUCUAUUGUUUGUGACUUUAAGUUUCGACGGUUCUUUCAUAGCCACCAUAGAUCCUUCAACUGGAAGUUUUUCAGUAAACCAAGGCUUCACCUCUAGAGUAAAUGUAACCUGGGUUAAUGGAAAUGUCACUCUGAUUAUCUUUAAUGUAACGUCUGCCGAUGAAGGAGUAUAUAGCUGUGAGUUAACUGGUUCUAAUUCAUGGACACGUAACAUUCGAGUGGCUACCGUAGGUAACUUAAUUCACACAUUGUACAUCGAAUAUUUUACUCUGGUAGAAGUUUAAGGCGUCCAAUUUCAUGCGGGUGCCCACAGGAUACCAAAUACAGCAGAUAAGGUCCUGUUGACGACCCUUAUUGUUGAAUAGAAGGAGAGAAAAAUGGGAGGGCAAAAAUGAAGGAUAAAUAUAUAUGAAUCUUGAUUUUAAAUUAUUUUUAAAAGGCUGAACUUCUUUAGUUGCAGUACAAUUAUACAUACUGAAUCUGUGCAGAAAGCCGCGAUUCACUCUCUCUCUCUAAUGGCGAAAAUGAAUGUAAUGAGUUUCCGUAGGAUUGUGAAUUGUUUAUUUUGGCUUACAGAUAUCUGCCCUUGUGGACUGAAUGGCAUGAAUUAUCCUUCAGUUUAUCUUUUUUUACGUUAAUGUUAUGAUUUGUAAACUUUUUUUCCUCGUAUGAUUUACUCUCCUAUUUCAUUGUUUUUAAGAUAUUGAUUUCUUUUGACGUCUUAGUAAUUUAGCAAAUUUUGUUAAGGUGAACAGAGCACUGUCACUAUAGUUUUUUUAAAAUCAGAAACAACUGAUGUCUUUCUCGUAAGGUAUAACUAUAUACUUUGUGUUUCAUACCUUCUAAUAGCUGAUUAAAGAGGCCAAUGGGUUUAUCUUCUUUUUGAUCCUUUGGUUCAAGUGCACUUUGGUAUCUUGUUCUCAACAACAAUAAACUGGGAAAUUUGUUUUCAGAAUUGUCAUAAGAUUUAAGUUACCAAACUUUUAAAAAUCCCUUUACCACAACUUGAAAACCACGAUCACAUUUCAAAAAAGUAAAGUAGUGAAACAGAAUUCUUCAUUUCAGAUUAUCCCCGCGCCCUAUUAAUAGCGAAGCUCUCGUGCGAGCGAAACGCGGGCAGCGGAGCAGCAUUGGUAAGAAAAUUUGAUUGCUUAUGCAUCCAAAAAAUUGGGGUUGUCACGUGACCGUACGCCCGCCCGUCCAUCUACCCCACAGGCUUACCAAUGUAAAAUAACUAGGGUGAACGGUGAAAAUGAGCGACAGUCAAAAAAUAAAAGUGUACAGGAACACAAGCAACAAAAUCUUUGGUGAACACAUGCAACACACCUCCAUAAAAAUAAUGUGUAACUGGGAAAUUUCACGGUUUAGUCGUUCAAAACAAUGGCAUUGUAGUCGUGCAAAACAACGGCAAAGAAAUGUACAAAAAGGUGUAGGGCACCUGCAAAUUUUUUUUUUCUUUUCUUUGUCGGUUUUUUUUUUUUUUUUUGCUAAUUAGAUCUGUUGAUUUUGUUGCCGUUCUCAUAGCCGUCGCCGUUUACCAUCGCACGAUUUUAUUUUUUGUUUAUAAGUAUAUUAACGAGAGCUUCGCUUUUAGCUCUGGCUAAAUCUAUAUAUUAUAUAUAUAUUGCACUUACGAAUUUUUGGCGGCAUUGUAUUUCAAUUUGCGGAAAUCCCGCAAUGUUCCCUCCAGAAUAAACCCUAUUUUACUACGUAUCUUUCAAUUAGCCGCAGCCAGCUUCAUCAACGUCAGCAGUGAUACGUCGUUGAUAGAGGGUUCAGUUCUGCAGCUAUUCUGUGAUGCAUCUGGCCGACCAGCUCCAAAUAUCACGUGGGUGAGAAUCACCUCAAGUGGCAGUGAGAGUAAUGUAUUACACAGGGGUACUACAUGGGAAUUUGAAAACGUCAGCAGGACUGAGGCUGGCACUUACCGCUGUAUAGCUUACAAUGGAGUAGGAAAUUCAGUGAGCCAUACACUAAGGGUGAAUGUGGAAUGUGAGUACAUUUAAUAUUUUCCGGCAGUUACAAGUAUACAUGCCUUAAUAAUGUAAACUUUGUUGCAAUAAUAGUUAAAUCAUUAGGAAACGGUGAUCCACAGUGCAGUUGAAGGUUGGGUGAGAAACUUGUUUUCGUCACUCUCACACCAGAAAAUUGCGUAGCUCGCAUUACUAACUAUACAUCUGUCUGGAUUUGCAGAAAGGUACCUCCAGAAUUUUUUAGCAACAGUCUCAUUUGAGGCUUGUUCAGUACCUGGCCAUUUUUUUUACUUACGAUGUUUUCAGUAACAAAACUGAAAACCUAACAAGCUGCAAUAGCCAAAAAAAAAGUGUUUGUAAUGCUGUUUGCAUCUCCCCUACCUAUCAUUUACCAUAAUUCUCACCGUGUCAUAAAACACUUGAAAUCAGCUCGCGCAGUAGAAGUUGUUUUUCGUGGUCGGUUCAUUUUCUAGAUUUCUUUUUAGCCGCCUGCAGCAAAGUUUUCCGGAGGGCAUCAUUAAGCCUUAUGAAGGAACAAGUCUUCACGAACGGCAAAGUCUGCCGUCGACCAAUAUGUUACCGUAUUUCGUCUCAUUUUCGCUAAACGAGUGAAACUCUGAUCUCGGGCUUGAGACGGAAAGGCAUCAUAUUGCGAGCUUUGAUGUGGGCGGUGACGAGUCUCUGGCCGCAAAAGUAGUUUGUAGGAGUCAAAUCUAUUCGGCCUGAGCAAAAUUGAUGCUGAUUUCUGACCAGGCCAGAGACUUAGUUAAAAAUUGUUUUGAAGGCCGGCCUCUAUUUGUCCCUUUCACAACGGCUCGUCUCCAUCCGGCCGGAUCUUGAAUAAAUCGACUGGGUUAGGACAGUUUGCAUGUGAUGAUUUAUGGGGAGAAAGGGAGAGUUAUUGAGCGAGGCGGUAAUUUGAUGAUAUUUCGCCUAUAUUAAGCGUGGUUCGUAUGUAUAUGACAUUACAAAGAACAGAUUAGAAAUAUAUCUUGAGCUUUCAUAAUACUGACUCACCCUAGUGUAUUGUAACAACUAGAUUUUAUCAUUUAUACAAGAGGGGGAGGGUCACUAAAAUGAUAUUUUAGGCCAAGGUCAAGGGAAGGGUUAGCAAAUUUAACUCCCACUGCAGGGAUAGGUCACCUCAUUUCCGAACCCAAAUUCAAAAUUCCCACCCCCCUCCCCCCCUGGUAAUUUCUGACAAGUCCCUUAUGAAGUCUUAUUUCGUGACCAUAACAACUGGUCAUCUCUAAACCUGUAUCAAAAUACGUGCGAGGGAUAAACGAAAAGCCACUGAAAACGUUAGGUGCUGACAUUUGAACGUCUAAAAAAACUUAGAAAAACCUCUCAGAGAGGGUGGAAUCAUUCCCCACUGUUCAUUGCGAUAAUUGUUAAUCAAAGUAAUCAUGUAAUUCACUUUUUUUGACCCUUUUAGCAGUUUCUCCACGUAAUAAUAGCACUCUUGAUAUCAUAAAAAUGUAUAUGUAUAUAGAAGAACAGCACUGAUUUAAGAAACAAAGAGGUAGUUCCUUCGUUUCAAAGGGCAAGUUUUUUUUUCCAUAAUGUACCUCAGUUUUUGAGAUCCACAACAGCAUAAAGUUUCAUAUUAUACCCUAUUGUUCUGUUCAUACUUCUUUUUUUGAUGUCCGUGCUAUUUAACUGAAGCUUAAUUUGUUCAUUUUUUUUCUGUAGUUCCUCCUGUCAUUGUCACUGCAUUAGAUCACAUAGCGUUAGAGGGAAGUAAUUUGACCUUGUUCUGCAAUGCAACUGGCAAUCCACAACCAGACAUCACAUGGACAAAAGUAGGAGACAGUAGUGUGCUGUCUUCAACGGAGACUUUAUAUCUAAUAAACCUGAGGAGAGAAGAUAAUGGUGCAGCGUACAACUGUAAAGCAAACAAUAGUCUUGGAUUCUACACAGUUAGCGCCUCGAUUACUGUGAUGUGUGAGUACACAUGCAUGGAAAACUGUGUAACAGUGUACUCAAGUUGACACUCUUCUGCUUUACAUUUCGUAAUAAAAUCAUCUUUAAAAUCCACCAUAGUGAACCAUUAAUACCGUGGUUUUAGUCACGUACUUGUUUUUAUACUAAUGUGUACAUUUCUUUCAGUUGCGCCAGAGGUGACAGUCUAUCAGUGUUCCACUCCAGUUAUUGAGGGUGAUAAUGCAGCACUUGGGUGUAAUGUGACUAGUAAUCCUGGGCCCAGUAUUGAGUGGGUCUUCGAAAGUACAGGGGAAGUUAUCUCUAGCUUGUUGAACAUCAGUCGAAACGAUGGAGGAGUAUAUCUAUGUAUUGCUAGGAAUAUCAUCGGGAACGACACCAAGAACUGUACAAUUGAUGUUCACUGUAAGUUGAUACGAUGUUCGUAG